AUUUUCUACAGCGUAGUUUAUUUUAUUUUUUUUUCGCUGGUACAAUAAUUUUUAUUUUUUGUCCAGGUAUUUUGAUAUUGAAGAAGAAUAUGCUGAAAUUAUUCGCAACUUUAACAAUAUUGAGUGCUGGAAAUUUUGAUAUUUCUGAUGCUGUUGAACCAGCCAAGACUUUUGAUGGAAUUGUGACUCAUUUAAUAGUCAGUCCAGAAACUGGACUCUAUUAUGUAGAUCGAUUGGAGGGAAGCAAUAAUAUAACAGUUAGGCGCAAAGUUAAUAUACUUAAUGCAUCGCCAGCUUACUUGUAUUAUAAUAACCCCGAAAAUGAACCUAAAAAUACAUUCAUUCGAAAAAUAGUAGUGAUUUGUGAUUGGUUAACGGCCGUAUCCCGAAGAUCAGAAGUUAAUCUAGUAAACGACAUAAUAAAGCACUUGGAUACCGCAGCUCAAAAAUUGGAUGAAAUUAAAGAUCCUAAAAUAAUUUUACAUCUCACUGGAAUUAUUAUUCCAAGGACUAACGAUAUUUUGAACGUACCAGAAAUAGAAGUAGCAAGAGAAUUAUUUCUCGUUCAUAACACGGUUCGUACAAUUUCGUUUUCUUAUAUUAAUCCUGGACCGGCAUUGGAGUAUCUUACCAACUGGUUGGAUAUUAACAAAAAUUCUUUUCAAGGUCUUUCUUAUGACUUUCUUUGGUUUCAACCAUCAACAAACCUCAAAGGUGGCCCCGACGGCAAAGAAACUGACGCUGCCUAUUUUACAAAAGUGGAUUGCAGCAGUGGCGGCUCCUCUUCUUUAGGCGCAAUUGUGAAUACAUUAUCUCAAAACAGUAUUUUUCAAGUUGUCCAGAUGAUAGCUCAAUCUUUUGGGAUUAGAGACGACAAAGAGUUAGGCUGCAAAGGCAUAAUGGAACUGGGAAUCCCAAAACUUGAAGAUAUGUCAUUUGAAUGGUCUAAUUGUUCGAAAUCAGAAUUCCAGCGAGUACUUACCGAUUCUAAUUAUUCUUGUUACAAACUAUCAUCUACAAUCUCGGAUGACCCUGAUCCAUCACCAGCAAGGGUCUUAUUAUUAAGCCCAGCGACCCAAAUUCAUUACGCUUUUUAUACAAGCGACCAUCAAUUGAGAAUUGAACGCUCUGGAAAUAUUUUUCAAGGUUCAGAAUCUUGGAAUUAUUAUAGAAACCCGAAGACUAAUCGCAGCAAUACUUAUGUUCAAAAUGUUUUACUGAUUCUUGAUUAUAAUUUGACAGACUUAUACAAUGACAAAUACGAAUUGGCAAUUCCAGUUCUUCAGGCUUUAGAAAAAGCAGCUGUUAGAUUAAAUGAGAUAGAAAGGCCAAAAAUUUUAUUAAGUGUUAAAGGAAUUAUUGUGCCUGAACAUUCAGAUGUCUUUGGGUUACCAGAAUUGAAACAAUCUCGCUUCUGGGGAACUCCCUGUCGUCCUGGACUCGGAACGUUAGAAAAGUUAAAUCAAUGGAUGAAAGAUAAUGAAAAAUCAUUUAGAACUACUCCCUAUGAUUUAUAUUUGUUCGCUUCAAGUCGACCUCCGUGCAACGAAAGCAACUUUAACAAAAUUGAUAAUAGUUUGACUGUUACAUAUGGCUGUAAUGCUUUAAAUUACAAAUCCGGUGGAAUGUUUCACUAUGGCGAAUUUUACAGUAAUUUAUACGCAGCACAAGUUGUUGCUAAAACGUUCGGAGUUGAAGUGGACGAACAAGCCGGAUGUGGAUCAGAAAACAUAAUGUUCUCUCAAGAUCGUAAUUUAGAUUAUGGAUCUAAUUUCAUUUUCCGAUCUUGGUCUGAAUGUUCACAAAAAGCAUUCCAGAAAGUGUCUGAGAACCAUAUAUAUCGAUGUUUUAAAAUGCCGUAAAGCAUUCUUUCUCUUUAGUAGAAAAAUUGGUAAGAAAUUGAAGUUUUAUCAAUUAUUUCUGCAUGGUAGUAAAUAAAUAAAAAAAAAAUAUUAUUGUAAUGUACAACUUUAUUAACAGUCUAUUUAAAAAUUAAUUACUUAAAUUAGGCACAAUUUAUCUGAUUCUU